AUAAAUCAACCUUUUAUUCUAGCACUGAGUAAGACUUCCAGAGAAAACAGAACCCAAUUUUUCCCUCCCCUCCCCCUUAACGUAAACAGAUUUCUCAGAACCACUGGGAAGUGAAAGUGAAAGUCAGAUGGAGCGAGACGCGACUGGUCGGUUCAGAGCAGAUGAUUUCCUCGAACUGAAGGGGCGGAAGGUAAUCUUUAAAAAGAGCAGUUUGGAGCGGCUCCGACUCUAGAGCAGAGUGUAACAAGAGGCGAUGAGCCUGCCAGCACCUUGUGGGGACAGACAGCUCGCUCAGAAACGCCGGCUCCUCCAGCACGGAGUCAACUCACUCACACAAUUGCUGUUCCUCCAACAGAGCCCCCUUUUCUCUCGGGGUCUCUACCAGCUGGGUUCUCUUUCUGCUUUUGCCUUCCCAUCUCCAGCCGCUUAGUUCGAUGCAGAAGAGUUGGUCACUUUUCCAUAUGCACUGAAGUCUCGAGCUAUGGGAGACCACCCAGGACCCUUUUGGUUAUAGGAUGGUGGCAGACAGCAACCUGACUGCCAGAGCUGCCAAGGCCAGAGAUCGGCUGGAGCCUCAGCUACUGGAAGCUGUGGAACAAGAUGCCCUUGAAGCUGAUCUUCAGCUCCCUGAGCAUGGACACCAGGCAAGAGCCAACACCGGAAACAGGCGGGUGGAAACCCACUUCAAAACAUUCAGAACUCAGUCGGACUAUGAAAUCAUCAAGAGGACUUGUAGGUACUUGGAGAAUUGUGGUUUUUACUGGGGUCCGAUGACAGUGGAGGCAGCUCACAGCAAGCUUAAGUCUGAGCCCGUGGGGACUUUUCUGAUUAGGGACAGCAGUCAACGCAAUUACUUCUUCUCACUCAGUGUCAAAACUGCCAAGGAGCCCAUCAGUUUCCGAAUCCAGUUCAAGGGUGGUCUCUUCUCCCUGGAUGGCAGCAAGGAGUCUUUUGCAUGCAUCAUGCAGCUUUUGGAGCACUUCACUGUCUCUCCCAAGAGAUUCCUGUCUAAACCCCUGCGAAAGGUCAGGCCGCAGCCCUUGCAGGAGCUCUGCAGAAGAAGGAUUAUCGAGUCGUUUGGGAAGGACAACAUCGAGCAGCUUCCCUUGAAUCAUGUCUUGCAGGACUAUCUUCAAACAUUCCCUUUUCGGAUAUAAAAACCAAAUGGCAGCAUUACUCACCCUGCUCAGUCCAUCCACAACAAAAAUGGGCUGUGAAAAUCUCUGGAUUACUUUUACACACAAGCCAUGUUCUGGAGAUACCUUUUUGUAGCAUUGUUUUCUAAUUUUGGACAAAACUUGAUCUAUUUUAAUGACUGUUUACAAAAGAAAUAAAUGUUUACACUAUGUGGGAUCCACAUGGCCCCCCCAC